AUACGCCACACUGGCGGCCAAAAUGUCGUUGACUUCGCAAUUGGUUACGAAUUUGAAACGCUUUCGCCUGGUGACCUUCGACGUGACGGACACGCUGCUCCGCCUGGAGGAUCCGCUGCGGCACUACCGCCGCACGGCGGAGGAGUUCGGGGUGACCGGAGUGGACCGCCGCCGGUUGGAGCACUGCUUCCGCCAGCAAUUUAAGGCGAUGAGCGGCGAGCAUCCGAACUUUGGACGCUUCUCGCCGGGAUUGGACUGGCAGCAGUGGUGGCUGCAGCUGGUGAGCCGAACCUUUGGCUGUGUGGAUCCGGACGCGUCGCCCGAGAAGCUGGAGAGGAUUGGCCAGCGGUUAAUUACGCUCUUCCGAACGAGCGCCUGUUGGAAUCACGUUGAUGGCGCCCAGGAACUGGUGCACUGCGUCCGCAGCGCCGGCAAGUGCGUGGGCAUCAUCUCCAACUUUGAUCCCUCGCUGCCAAAAGUCCUCGAUGCCAUGGGCUUCGCGGGCCAGUUCGAUUUUAUCCUCACUUCCUACGAGGCGGGCGUCAUGAAGCCCGAUCCGGGCAUCUUCGAGAUUCCCCUGAAGAGACUGCAGAUCCCGGCGGAUCAGGCCCUCCACAUUGGCAACAAACUGGACCUGGACUACGAGGGAGCUCGCAACUGCGGCUGGAGCGGAUUGCUGGUGAAUGACGCAGACAACCCGCACUCCUUUCCCACUUUAUCCAAACUUCUAGAGGGUUUAAAGACCCAACAGAUCGAAUGGUGAUGCACCCAAAGCCGAAACUCGACUCAGGAUUCGAUUAGCUCAUGGCUGUAGUUAUUUUGUAGAUUUUUUGUAAGUUUAAGAAACAGAACAGGAUGUAAAACUAGUGUUAAAUAUAAAUACUCGUCAUUCUA